UUUCAUAGGACAGUGCAGUGGACCCCCUACUGGGUAUCUUUCACCAUAAAAUCCAGAAAUGACCUCUCACAGGUCACUUGUCCUUUCUCCUUCCUAGAAUAAAUUUACUGCCUUCACCUACAUAAGCCCCUCUCUGUCCCAUGCCAUGUCCUCUAUAUAUAUUAAUGCUCAUUUGUAGUUUUAUACAUAUAUAGACCAUAAACUGCUUUCUCAUUCUUUACCCAGAAACAAAAAUAAUGUCAAAAAUGAAUCUUGAAUCCUACCCUCCUGUUUUUCGCCAACAAAACACAGAAAACCCUCAAAGCACUGACCUUGAGUGUAUCAAUCUUGAUAAUUGCACCAUAAAAGAAGAAAUUCAAGAAUUUGGUCCUGUCCCUGUCAUAGAUCUCCAGUCUCUAAAUCUUGAUAAUCUUGAAGAAGCUUGUAGAAACUGGGGUUUGAUUCGUUUGGUCAAUCAUGGAAUUCCUUUAACCCUUUUGACCCAACUUCAAGAACAGUCAAAGAAAAUAUUUUCCUUUUCUUUUGAAUCCAAACAGUCUAUUAUCAGUAACCCAUUAUCUUACUUCUGGGGUACCCCUGCCCUUACCCCAUCUGGAACUGCCCUAGAAAAAGCUCCUAAAAAUAUGAACUGGGUGGAAGGUUUCAAUGUUCCUCUUAGUCAAAUUUCUCAGUUUCAAGCUGGAGAUCCUACACUUGAAUCUUUCAGACUUCUAUUGGAAGAAUAUGGAAGGCACCUAACUAGAAUUGCUACAACUGUAUUUGAAGCUAUGGUUAAGAAACUUAAUCUCAAUCCUGAGCAAUUGAAACCUUAUUUAUCAGAAUCAUCAGGACUUAUUCGUGUUUAUCGGUAUCCUCCAUGUUCUAUUGCUGAUGAGACAUUGGGGAUGGAAGCUCAUACAGAUAGUUCUGUGCUUUCUAUACUGAAUCAAGAUCAAGGAGAAGGACUUGAACUUCUCAAGGAUGAUAAAUGGCUCCACAUAGACCCUAUUCCUAGCACACUAAUUCUCAACCUUGGAGACAUGAUGCAGGCCAUUAGCAAUGAUGAGUACAAAAGCGUUACGCACAGAGUUAAGACAAACAAAGAUACGGAGAGAUUCUCAAUCUGCUACUUUGUAUUUCCGGGUGAAGGGAGUGUGAUUCAAAGUUCAAGGUAUAAGCCUUUCACUUACAGUGAUUUCCAAGCACAAGUUCAGCAAGACAUAAAGACUAUAGGAUGUAAGAUUGGGCUUGAUAGGUUCAAACUCACUUAAGGAAAAAGAAGAAGAACAAAAAUAAAAAAGAGCCUGCAAGCUUGGAGAAAAUAGAGAGGUAGCCAUCAAAAUGUGUAGGCAAGCUAGCUGCCUACUGUUCGUAUAAAAUCAAAUGCUAUGCAAACACAUUGUUGGUGGAGCUUUGGGCCUUGAAUGUGUGUUUUAUAACUAUGGCUUUUUUUGUAGUGCAUAUAAGGUCUAUGAAACUCUCAUUGAAUUACAAUUGCUUGGAUGGAUGUAGUAGGUUUAUGAGAUUCGCCUUAUUCCUAUCUUCAAUGAGCACCAUGUAUCGUAAA